AUGACAAUAGUAGUGAUGUAUCAUUACGUACGAUUAAUCAAUAAAUUAUACAUUAGUUUGAUUAAUUUGUUUGCUGAUCGAAUCGAUGAUAAUUUUUGUGGUCCAUUGCUAUUGCAAUCACCCAUGAAUGAAAAUGUUUGCCAAAGAACCACAAACUACAAUGAUAUUGCUAAUGUUAAUGACGGUGAUGAUUGUGAUGACAGAGAUGAUGAUGAUGAUGAUGAUGAAACAUUGUCAAUGACAUUUUGA